UGAAGCAUACUACUAUUUGGUUGAAUAUGGGAAAUAUCAACGAGUUAUGCGACGAUUUGCUGGUGAAUAUUUUGCUAAAAAUCCCGACAGAAGAGGUUGUCGCGACGUCGCUUUUGUCCAGACGGUGGCGUUCCGUCUGGAAACUCGUUCCCAAGCUCGAUUUUCGUGACUAUUCAUACAAAUAUCACGCCACGUCCGCCGCGCCUUCAGAGUUCAUCGACAAGUUCUUGGAGCGAAACACAGCCCCUGCUCUAGAAACUCUUCAUCUCAAUCUUUAUCAUCUCCGAGAUUACUCCCCUGAGUCUUUGGAAAAAUGGGUUAACGUCGCUGUCGCUCGCAACGUUCUCGAUCUUAACCUUCUCUACUGCCUUCACUGCCGUUACCCUAUACGCUUUCCCACGAGCUUGUACACGCACGAAACCCUCGUGGUGUUACGCCUCCGAGGAACGAUCGUCGACGACGUUCCUUCGAAAACCUCUUUCCGGAGCCUCAAGACUUUGUCUCUUCGAGAUAUGAGCUUCUCGAGCGAUGGAACCGUUGAUAGGUUUUUGUCUUGCUUCCCUGUUCUCGAAACAUUGGUUGUACGUCGAUGGAUAGCCGACAAUGUGAAGACUUAUUCUAUUUGCGUACCGUCGCUGCGGAGCUUAGACGUGGAGGAGUUAGUAGGUGGUUAUGCUGAUCCGAGAUAUGAUCAUGGAUACGUGAUCAACACUCCUCGUUUAAAGUUUUUGCAUAUGGUCGACCAUUUUAGCGGGUUUUGUUCGUUGGUGAACGUCCCUGAGGAACUGGAAGCGGAGAUCCAUCUUAGGUUUUGUGAUUCUGACAAGCUUCUGGGAUCUCUUGCCUCAGCUAAAAAACUUUCCUUGUGUUUAAAACCACAAAUGGAUUCAUGUCUAAAAGGCGACUUUGAUCAGCUCGUGUUUCUAGAGCUUUGUGUUAUGUGCUCCUUAGAUUGGUUGAAUGUUAUCCUCAAGCAUUCUCCUAAACUCCGAGCUCUCAGGCUCUCGAGAACGAGACACAGCUGCCAGAAUUCUAGAAAUGUCCGAACUAACUGGGAGCGACCGACUUGUAUUCCUGACUGUUUGACGUCCAGUCUCGAAACUGUGGAGUGGAUUGCGUAUGAAGGAACAGAAGAAGAGGAAAAUGUGGUGAAGUUUUUGUUAGAGAAUGGGAACCUUUGCUUUAAAAAGCGUUGGCGCAAGGCUAUCUAUGGCAAGUUCAGUUAUGAAAUUCUUAGAUUGGGGCGAGGAGCGAGAGGCUAGCUCAGGCGACGGAGAUACCACCUUUGUGCACUUUUGAAGAUCAAAGCGAGGGGCACAAAAAGCGCAA